UUUCUAUCGCUGCCCAUGCUGUCAAAGAGGCUAUAAUGGCUAUAAAGAUGAGUCCUCUAUCUAUCUCUAUGUAAUGUUUUCGCUCCCAUUUUGAUGAGGUUUUGCAAUAUCGGAACCAAGAACAAGUUUUACUGCUGCACUUCCUGUGUUUUUACCUGUUCUUUAUGAAACCAGGAAGAUGGUUUUGGAAUCGUCGAAAUGGCUUAUGUUCUUAGUUUGUUGGCAUUUCAAAAAUGUGAGUUGUAACUCUGUUGCGCAGAAGAUUUAUGUCGAGCUGAAUAACACUGUACCAUGCGUCCGACUGCUCAAUGCUACACAUCAGAUUGGUUGCCAGUCCUCGAUAUCAGGUGAUACAGGGGUGAUCCAUGUCUUGGAGUCUGAGGCAGAUCUGGAAUGGCCUUUGAGCAAAGGACCCAAUCCUCCUUAUAUGGUCCUGUUGGAGUCAUCCCUCUUCACCAGGUCCAUCAUGAUGAAGAUGAAGAAUGCCUCCAGCAGGGUGGCAGGGGUUGUGGUGGUCCUAAAAACUAGCCCACCAGAGUUCUCGCCACAUACGACAUGCCCCAAUGAGAACACAGGUGUAUACACGGACACCUAUGAUCAUAAUUUGGCGCACUGUAACACGACUGUAUGGAACCCUCAGGGGAACGGUCUAUCCUAUGAGGAAUUUGACUUCCCUGUCUUCUCCCUGAAAGAAGACAACGAAACAGAGGUCAUCAAACAGUGCUACUUUGAUCAUAAUCGUGCGGUGAACGGCAGUGGCCUGCAGUACCCUCUGUGUGCCAUGCAGCUCUUCUCUCAUAUGUAUGCUGUCACUGACACUGCAACCUGCAUUAGACGCAAAAACAUCGACUUCAGCAGCUCCCCAGUGAUAGUGUGUGACCCUCUUGGUGAUUAUAAUGUGUGGGCUUCCAUCCGGCCUUAUAACAACACCGCCUUUGGUCACAAGGAGAAUGAGAGCGUCGUUAUAGCAGCAGCCAGGCUGGAUAGCAGGGCAUUUUUCUUGCAGGAUUCUACAGGAGCGGAGGGGAGUAUCUCAGGGUUUGUCACUCUGCUGGCUGCUGCCCAGGCACUACGUGAAGUCACUCAGGAGGCCCCUCCCACACGGAAUAUCCUCUUUGCCUUCUUCCAAGGGGAAGUAUUUGACUACAUUGGCAGCUCUCGAAUGGUUUACGACAUGAAGAAUGACAAGUUUGUGAUAGACCUGGACAAUGUUCACUCAAUACUGGAGAUUGGACAGGUAGCCGUGCGCAGUGGCGCCAACCUAUUUCUCCACUCAGACCCUGUGUCCAGGAGGAACUACACCGUCAAUAACGAGGUUACGAAUCUUGUGAACAACUUGCAGUCCUCCACGGCUGGGCUCAACUUCUCAUUGGUUGAGGCAGGUUUUUCUCAGCCACUCCCGCCCUCCUCCCUCCAGCGUUUCCUCCGAGCUCGGGCAAUUCCAGGGAUUGUGCUUGCAGACCAUCAAACUGCUUUCAACAACAGGUACUAUGAGAGUUUUUACGACAACGCUGCCCACCUGAACCUGACUUAUCCAUCUAACUUGAGUCCAGAGGAACAGCUAGAGUUUGUUACUGAUACUGCAAAGUCUCUUACCGAGGUGGCUACUGCGGUUGCCCGCGCUCUCUACAAGCAGGCUGGGGGAAAUGACGCCCAAGUCAACAACAUCAACGCAGACCCCAAAAUGGUGACCCAGAUGCUGUAUGGGUUUCUGGUUAGAUCCAACAACAGCUGGUUUCAGGCAGUGAUGGCCCCAGAACUGAAGGACUUUCUCCAGCCCAACCCACCGCAGUACUACGUUGGGGUUGCCAGGUCGUCCCAUCAGGCAAAGGCACUGACCAGUCUGGUCCAAUAUCUCCUGGCCAAUUUAACGGGAACAGCCACCAACCUCACCCAGAGCCAGUGCCAGAAGCCAGAUGAGCUGCCGAACGAGAGCACACAUAUGUACUCCUAUCUCUGGGUUCAGGGCAUGGUCCCACCCAACAGCACCCAGAGGGAGUCUUUCUGCGUACGCGCAGCAGUACGCCUGGCCAAGGCAGAGUCCCCUGCCUUCGAGCUGGAGGAUUACGCUUCCAAAGAAUAUUCCACGUGGACAGAAUCGCAGUGGAAGUUCAUCAAAGCUAGAAUUUUCCUAGUAGCCAGCCGGGACCUGGAGGUGCUGACCUUAGGCGUGGGAGUGGCCGUAUUGUUCACAUCCCUACUGGUGACAUACUUUGUCAGUACCAAGGCAGAUGUCCUCUUCAGCGACGUCAAGGAACCCGCCAGAGCCGCAUACUGAUUGCCUCAUACUAACCUGUGACCAGCGACCACUACUCUCACAACCAAACAGGACAGACAGCUGUUUUUUUUUUUUUACACAUGAUAGGUACACA